AUGAGUAGUUCAACUGACAACCUGCCUGCCAGUGACACCCACGAACAAGAGGGCCUCCUUUCCAACGUUGACCCUGAGCAAGUCGAAAUGGCCCGCACCACCACCAGCCUGAGAACAGAGGGUCGCAAGGGGGACAAAGCCGCCCAGUAUGUCGCAUUGGCGGCGGUACUUGUUUUUGUUCUGGUUACAUGGGGUAUCGUCUUCACCAACAAUCCCGCGUCGUUAGGUUGGUUCGCAUACCAUCCCAUCCUCCAAAGCUCUGCCAUUGCCUGUUUCACAUAUGGCAUACUCACCCUUCAACCAACGUCGCAACCUGCGACUAAGGCUGCUGGCCUCAAGAGACAUCAGAUCGCAAUGCUUGGGGUCGGCAUCCCCUGCAUCCUGGCUGGAACGGCAUUUAUGGUUUACAACAAGUCGCUUCAUUCAGCCCCUCAUUUUACUACUUGGCAUGGCACAUUCGGGAUAAUUGCCGUCGUCUGGCUUGUCACCCAAGCGUUGAUCGGAGGCGCAAGUGUUUGGUUCGGCGGUGCCGUCUUGGGCGGUGGUAUGAAGGCCAAGGCCGUGUGGAAGUACCAUAGAUUAUCAGGAUACAUCAUCUUCUCCCUGACCUUGUUCACAGCUUACCUGGCAGGCACAUGGUCUACCUGGGUAACCCAUCAUAGUGAUUUCCUCGUUCGGUUAGUAGGGUAUACUAUCGCACCACUGGCAAUUCUAUUUGCCGCAUACACCCGCAUACGGUGAGUGUCUCUGCGAACUCCCCGCGUUUUACUAAAGGCCAUCCGAGUAGUCCGUCGAAGAUGAAGUUCAUUUAGUGUAUGUGAUGAUUCGGUCUUUGUACUA